AUGGAUCUCCCGCCUAUGAACUUAUGGGCAUUUUGGUCAUUUCUCUUUCUCUCUUCCUGUUUGUUCGGAUCUUCUGCUAACUUCUCCAACGAAACUGAUCGGCUUUCUUUACUGAAUUUCAAACAUCUGAUAACUGAAGAUCCUCUCAAUUCCUUGAGCUCAUGGAAUCAUACUCUCCACUUCUGUCACUGGCAAGGUGUCACAUGCGGUGGUCGCCGUCAUCCUCAAAGGGUCACCGCCUUAAACCUCACUGGCCAGAAAUUGGUGGGUCCCAUAUCUCCCUUCAUAGGGAACCUCUCCUUCCUCAGGAGAAUCGAUCUCUCAAACAACAGCUUCAGCGGCCCAAUUCCUGAAGAGAUGGGCCGUUUGUUCCGCUUGCAGUAUCUCAUGCUGCGCAAUAACACAUUCACCGGAGAAAUUCCAGCAAAUCUGACCCGCUGUUCUGAACUCCAGCUCCUUUAUCUUAAUGGGAAUCAGCUUAUAGGGAGUAUUCCAACUGAGCUUGGCUCUCUGACAAAGCUCACCAGAUUGAUCCUUGGUCUGAACAGUCUUACAGGAAACAUCACACCUUCAUUUGGAAACCUUUCGUCUCUCACCUACCUUUAUCUAUCAAUAAACAGUAUAAAAGGCAGCAUCCCAGAUGAACUUGGUCAGUUGGUGAGGUUAAGCAUUCUUGCCCUAAGUCAAAAUGAAGUGUCAGGUACGAUUCCGCCUCAGCUCUACAAUCUCUCCUCUAUUCUCUUGUUUGACGUGGGAUUUAACAGAUUGCAUGGAAAUCUUCCACCUAACAUAGGCCUCACUCUUCCUAAUCUCCAAGGACUCUAUGCUGGAGGAAACCAAUUCACAGGACCCAUACCAGUUUCAUUAUCCAAUGCUUCCGGACUUUUUCUUAUUGACCUCUCUAACAAUAGUUUUAGCGGAUCUGUGCCUCUGAAUUUUGGAAGCCUCAAGGGUCUCUCCAGGUUACGUUUGUGGGGCAAUGAACUUCGAAUUGGACAAAGGUCAUGA